AUGGCCAUCGAUACGGAGACUACCAGUGGAACGGCUGACGUAUCAAAGAUCGAAGCUCCUAUCUCCUGGAAGGCAUAUGUGAUUUGCGCUUCAGCUGCCUUUGGCGGUGUGUUCUUUGGCUAUGAUAUCGGGUGGAUGUCAGGGGUGCUCGGCACGCCGUUUGUGAUCCAGCAAUAUACCGGCAUGGAGUAUGACUUUGACGCUGGCGCUCCGGUCGAUCCUUCUCGUCCGUUCGUGAUUCCAUCCUCUGACAAGUCACUCAUGACUUCAAUCCUGUCACUUGGAACCUUCCUGGGUGCGAUUAUCGCAGGCGACCUAGCAGAUCUCUGGGGCCGUCGCAUCACCAUCCUCAUGGGCUGUGUUAUCUUUAGUGGCGGCGUCAUUAUCCAAAUUGCCAGCAGUGGCCAAUUGGCAGUCAUGACUAUCGGCCGUUUGGUUGCUGGUCUCGGUGUUGGUUUCGAGACUGCAGUCAUUAUCCUCUACAUGUCUGAGGUUUCACCGAAGAAGAUUCGUGGUGCUGUUGUUUCUGCUUAUCAGUUCUCUAUCACAAUUGGGUUGUUGAUUGCAAACUGUGUUGUUUAUGGAAGCCAGGGGAGAAAUGAUACGGGCUCUUACCGUAUCCCCAUCGGCGUCCAGUUCAUCUGGGCUCUUGCACUUGCGACGGCUCUGUUUCUCUUACCUGAAUCACCCCGAUACUUUGUUAAGAAAGGAAAGCUUGACGAAGCAGCCAAAUCACUCUCUUUCAUCCGAGAUCAGCCAGUCACUUCCGAGUAUAUUCGCAACGAGCUUGCAGAAAUCGUGGCGAACCACGAGUACGAGUCUCAUGUCAGUCCUGAGAACGGAUAUAUCGGCUCCUGGAUGGUCUGCUUCAAAGGUCCCAUCACCAACCCCAGUUCAAACAUUCGAAGAACCAUUGUCGGUGCGGGAAUCCAGGGAAUGCAGCAGCUAUCCGGCAUGAACUUUAUCUUCUAUUACGGGACGACGUUCUUCCAGCAGCUUGGAACAAUCUCCGACCCGUUCCUCAUGUCUCUGAUUACGACCCUAGUGAAUGUUGUGUGCACCCCUCUCGCGUUCUGGACAAUCGAGCGAUUUGGCCGCCGCCCAUUGCUAGUAUAUGGGGGCCUCUGCAUGUUUCUCAUGCAGUACAUUAUCGGUGCCGUUGGAACAGCACAGCCGGAAAAUGAAACGGCAGUCAAGGGUAUGAUUGCGGUCAUCUGUUUCCAGAUCUUCUUCUAUUCGACGACAUGGGGUCCAGCCGCCUGGGUGGUUGUUGGAGAGACCUUUUCACUCCCCAUCCGGUCGCGUGGAGUGGCCAUCUCAACGGCUUCCUGCUGGUUAUGGAACUGUGUGCUUGCUGUGAUUGCACCGUACAUGACUGGUGAUGAAGAGGGAGCCGUCAACCUCGGACCAAAGGUGUUCUUUUUCUGGGGCGCACUUUGUCUGUUGGGUGCAUGCUUUGCAUAUUUCCUGGUUCCUGAGAUGAAGGGCCUGUCGCUGGAGCAGGUAGACCGUAUGUUGGAGGAGACGAGUCCCAGAAACAGUGCCAAAUGGACGCCUACGACGACAUUCACGCAGGGAAAGGGCCAUUCUGACCAGACCGAAGUGGUCCAGGCCGAGGAUCACGCUGACCGCCACGUAUAG